AGCGCGCCAGCCGGAGCUCAGCAGCAGAGCAGAUCAGAUCCGAGGGAAGCUGUGCUAGCGUGGGAGCUACCUACCCACCGAGAGAGAGAGAAAGGGGGAGCGAGAGCGGGCGCGGGAGGGAUCGGAGGAAACCAGCUAGGAAGUAAGGACUGCGCGCACGGGGCCGGGGCCGGGGCCGCGGGGCACUGGAGCUGAGCCACCUGCGGCGGCGGCUGCUGCAGGAGCAGCAAAGGGGACACCGCCCCCGUCCCCCUUCCCCCGUCCCCACCCCCCUCCCCCGCAUCGGCUCCUUAGCCUACCACCUUUGAUUUUUGCUCCCUCGAGGGGGCUGCGUGCGAGGACUUGUCACUGUGAAGUGCCGCCAUGUCUGACCGGAAGGCAGUGAUCAAGAACGCAGACAUGUCUGAGGACAUGCAGCAGGACGCGGUUGACUGUGCAACGCAGGCUAUGGAGAAGUACAACAUAGAGAAGGACAUCGCUGCCUAUAUCAAGAAGGAAUUCGACAAGAAAUAUAACCCCACGUGGCAUUGUAUUGUGGGUCGAAAUUUUGGCAGCUACGUCACACAUGAGACAAAGCACUUCAUCUAUUUUUACUUGGGUCAAGUUGCAAUCCUCCUUUUCAAGUCCGGCUAGGUGGCGCAGUGGUGGCGGUGGCUGGAGGUGGGCAGCGGUGGUGGCAGGCGGAGCUGAGACUGUUAUAUGCACUGAAGGCUGGCACCAGGAUUUCCUCUCCAAUGGCUGUGCUACUGCAUGGAUUGUAUACCCGACUUCAUGUGUAUAUGUUGCAGUAAAACAAAAAACAAAAAACAAAAAACCUACUUCUGUUUAGUUGCCUGGGGAAGAAGGCUGCUUUCUGUUGUUUAAUUUAAAAAAAAAAUACAUUCCCCCCCUCCUUUGGUUGUAUUGCACUAGGAAAUAUCUCUCAAAACAAAUUCUCCUGUCCCCCUAAAAAAGCUUAAAAGGAGAAAUAACCCCUCCCUCUCCCCAAGGAUUUUGGAGUGCUCAACUUAAUCCUUCCCAUGAUGGGUGCCUUCUUUGGAAGGCUUGAGGAAAGCUAGGGGGGUGGGGAUAAUGUGUUAGGGUUGGGAUGGGGGGGAGGGAUCGAGAAAAGGGGACAUUGGUUCCCCCAUAAUGUGAAUCCAAGUGUUCUUGGAUUGUAAGUUGGGCAGGGGGUGAGAAUCCUCUAGAGAGGCCCUGGAAACUCUUUGUGGUGGGGUGGGUUGGGGGUGGGGGGGCAGAGACUUGUCUUGCUGUCUUCAUUAGUGCUUAAGGGAGUGUCUAAGAGGUGUGUAUGUUUGUGUGUGUGUCUUUGUGGAUUUGGUGCAUUAGGCUAUUUUUUUUUUUUUUUUCCCUGCUGGUGCUCAGAUUGGGAGGAUGCUAGGGGCAAGAUUAUUCCAUUUUCUCUCAUUCCAUAUCCCCAGUCUGGCCAUGUCCAACUCAUUAACUCCUCCACUUCCUUGGAAGAGUCCCCCUUAGGUUAGACUCCCUGUUAGCUGAUGGGCCAGGGAAUUUCCAGUGACUUUGAUCGGGUCUGAACCUUCCUCCUUUCUGUAUUUGCGAAGUCUUUGAGAGAAACAGAAUGUGUGUGUCUGUGUGUCUGUCUAUAGAAGGGCACAGUGAAGGGGGUUUGGGGACAGCUGAGUGAUCUGGGCACAGUGCUCAUUGCAGCUCCUAGCGCAGGAGAUGGUCUCCAGUGGGGGAUCCAUGGGAUGAAUAGAGAAGUCUUAGACUCUCAUCCUGGGAGCUGGUUCUCAGUUGUAGGCUGCAGAAGGUGUGACUUGGUGAAACGCAGAGCCGCUGGUUAAGGUGCAUGCCAGUGUUUCAGGGUUGGGGGAGCAGAACUGGUGGUUUUGGUGUUAAAUGAUUUUGGGGAGCUCCUCUGGGAACUCAUCUUGCAGCAUAGAUGAAGGGGGAAGAAAGUCAUAAAGGAAGUGGGGAAACCCUAAUGGGAAAGGACAGGGCUUCAGCUUAGGGGAAUGUAGAGGCUUAAAAAGGGUCAAUUGUGAAAUCGAGGUGAGAGGGAAAGCUAAUGCCUUGAACUGCUUAUCUUUCUGUGUCUUGUCCAAAAUAUUGUUCUGGGGAUGGGGUAGAUGUUGGGGAAUUAGGGAUGAAUGAAGCUCAUUUUUUCAAGCUUUUAAGUCCUGGCAGAAUGGACUACCCUUCCCCUUCCCCCUGGUCUUCUGUGCUUUCCACCUUUCUUUACAAUGCUAGAGGAAACCUGCAUUGGGGGUGGGGGGGGGGGGCUGGGCAGUGAUAGGAUGUUCUUUGUAUUAUAAACUGGGCAGUGAAGGAUGUGCUGUCUGUGAUAAAUUGCUUGGAUAUUAGAUUUUUUUUUUAAGUAAAUGUUUGAGUUUGUGUUGUCUCCCUUUCCCCUACCCCUUUGACUUGUAAGGCCAAUUGAAAGUGUCUGGUUUGUGUUCAUCUCUCUUUUUUUGUCUUUAUUCUCUUGGAGCAGGGGUGGCUGCCCCUCCCCUUCCUCAUCCCCCUUGCUCUGCCUCCAUUCCUCUCUUGGACAUUAAAAAUUGAUUGAUGCACUUCAAA